AAAAUGCUGCAAAAGCGCCCAAACGCGCUUCAUUAUACUUCCGUCUGACGAACCAAUGCAAGAUGUACUCCGUCUUUCUCAUACUCGCCACGUUUUCAACCUCUUGUAAGUUCCCAAACCUAAAAUUAUAGCUUGAAUAUUAUCUCCUUCUCCAGUGGCUACGAUUGAUCUAGUGGUAGUGGGAGACAAUAAUGCUCUGUGUACUGGUGCGAGUGUGACGCUCCAGUGUACGCUGACGGGAAAUGUCCUCACCUGGAUCACUCCUGGUGGAGCUCUCAACUUUGUUCGAGGGUUUCAGAGCGAGUCAAAUGCAGGUUCCUACUAUGGCCAGCUCAUGGAACUAAAUGCUACUCAUCUCAGGUCAACACUGAGUUUGACAUUCACAACUGAGAUUACCAUCAACUGCUCUGAUACAACUGCAAAUAACUCGGCUACUCUCGCUGUAGAAGGUCCACCAAGUGCGCCGGAUCGACCACUGACGGCCCUGGAAAGGAUCACGAGACUCAACAAGACAUUCUCCACAGUAUCUGUGGUGUGGAACAUUCCUGACACCAACAAUGCCCACAUCAGUAGCUACGUGGUGACAGUUGAUCCUCCCAUUCCCCUGCCAGCCAGUGGAGUCAUUGCUGCAGACGAUCCUGUCUUCCAGUCACGACAACUGACCCUCACACUCCUCCAUGUCCAGCAGUACUACAUCACAGUCACUGCCAGGAGUUGUGGUGAUUCUGUGGAAGGUGCUGCUAGCUCUGCACUUGCCAUAAAAGUACAAGUGCCUCCAUCUGUGGCAAGAUGUACAGCUCUUCCUAUCUAUGACUAUUACUCUAACAACUUAAAAAGAAUCGAAAUUGAGUGGGAUCCAAUCCCAGAUCUGGGAGAAGACAUUACAGCUAGUAUCACGGCUAGUGUUCAGGAGUACAUAAUCAGUGCAAUCCCCAUUGUAAUUGCUGCCCCUGCAAUCAAUGUGACAUUAGGAGCUAUUGAUCACAGUGUGUGCAGUAGCACGAAAUGCAGGCACAAUUUUCAGAGGAUUGGUGACAUGUCGGCACUCCACUACAAUGUGAAUGUUAUUGCAAAGAACCUUCUCUCUGAUGGAUACAGUGACGGACGGAUUUGCAAUAACAUGACAAUCAGUGCUAGAAAUGACCUUUUAUCAGUAGAUGUACGGAAAAACUUUAGUGAGGUUGUUCAGAUUUUGUGCCGACCGCUCACGCGAUUCGAAGGCACAGCCAGCUGUGAAGUUGUGUACAGGAUGAUGGUACCUGGGGCAGAUAGUUAUACUGAGACAUCAGACAGAGCUGGAGGAGCAGAGGACAUUAUUUCUGUACUCCUGACUCCCACUACUGGACCUGGGACGAAUCUCUCAGUGGCUGCUGGUACCAGGGGUGGGAAACAAGACGUCGUGGUUGAGGGAACCUUUGGAACAGGUGAUAUCCUGUCAUCAAGGGAGAAUCUGAUGCGCCACCUCUGUCCAGAGAAUAAUAUGACAGAUGCAACUCAAGACUCAACUACAGAGGUACCUACGGCAGUGGACGCAUCAACAGAGUCCUGUCCCACUAUACCAUGGAUACUGGCUCCUGGGAUCUUCAUCGUUACACUACCAACUGGAUUCAUCGCUGGAAUAAUCGUGAUGAUUGUGUGGCGUUCCAAGAGAAAACAAACAGGGACUGGAGGAGAGCAGAACACUACACCGCUGUAUGAAUACAUCACUUCCAAAGACAUUACCAUGGCGAGAAAUGAAAGCUAUACAGGACUGUCACCUAGAAACAUCUGACAACAUUUGGGUUGUUUUUUUGGUUGUUUUUUUGCCACUACAUAAACAUUACAGCAUACAUAUAUUAUACAUGUAAAUAAUAACAUGCUACAUCACGGGCCACCCAUGCGGAAACAAUAAUAGCUCCA